GGCCUUCUCAGGUAGCGUUUGUCUGCUGCAGCAGGGCGCUGGCUGGGCUGGGCUUUGGCCCGGACCCAGGAACAUGCCUCCUCGCCCCGCGUCCCCUUGCUUGCACCCUCGGUCUAGCCGAGACCGGGCAAGGGGAGCCGCCGAGGGAACGUUGCAAAGGAGGGUUGGGGGCUCUCCAAAGCAAGAGCAGGAGCGGUGCCACAGAGCCGCUCCGCCCGCACCUGUUCACACCUCGCGUGGGCUAUGCACAAGCCUCCGGACGAGGGAGGGGCACCGCGUGAUCACCAGUGCCAACCCAACCAGUGCGCUGCAGCACGGCCCAGCCGGGAGCAGCCGCAGACACCGCCCGGCGCUGGAGAGGCUCCCCGUUUGCGCCGUCUAGUUUGCGGCCGCCCUAAGAAGCCAUGGCCUUGCUUUGGAUUGCAGCCCUUUUGCUACUGGCUGGGCUGAGCAAAGGGAAGGAUUUCCCCUUCAGGGACCCAACGCUGCCUUGGGAGAAGCGGCUGGAUGACCUAGUGAACAGGCUGACCCUAGAAGAGAUGGUCAUGCAGAUGUCCCGAGGGGGCUCCAAAAACAAUGGGCCAGCACCCCCCAUUGAGCGGCUGGGUAUUGGGCCCUUCGCUUGGAACACAGAGUGCCUUCAUGGGGACGGGCUUGCACCUGGCUGGGCGACUGCCUUCCCCCAGUCCUUGGGCUUGGCUGCCUCCUUCAGCCCUGAACUCAUCUACCGCGUGGCCAAUGCCACGGCCACAGAGGUUCGAGCCAAACAUAACCAUUUGGUCUCCCUUGGUGACUACAAUGACCAUACAGGCCUCAGCUGCUUCAGCCCCGUUUUAAACAUCAUGAGGCAUCCAUUGUGGGGCAGAAACCAGGAAACCUACGGGGAGGAUCCAUUCCUGACAUCAGAGCUGGCCGUGGCUUUUGUGACUGGUUUGCAGGGUGAUCAUCCCCGCUACGUCAAAGCCAGUGCUGGCUGCAAACACUUUGACGUCCACGGGGGCCCUGAGAACAUCCCUGUGUCCCGGCUUUCCUUCGAUGCCAAGGUGGCAGAACAUGACUGGCGCAUGACCUUUUUGCCCCAAUUUGAGGCCUGUGUACAUGCUGGAACAUUUAGCUUCAUGUGCAGCUACAACAGGAUUAACGGUAUCCCAGCUUGUGCUAACAAGAAGCUUUUGACGGACAUCCUUCGGGGAGAAUGGGGCUUCCGUGGCUACGUGGUGAGCGAUGAGGGAGCUGUGGAGCUUAUCAUGGUGGGACAUCUCUACACCCACAGCUUCCUGGAGACGGCUAUAGUUUCUGUGAAUGCUGGAUGUAACCUAGAAGUCUCCUAUGGGAUGCGGAAUAAUGUUUUCACUCAUAUAUCAGAAGCUGUUGCCAAGGGGAACAUAACCUUGGAGACAGUGAAAGACCGCGUUCGCCCACUCUUUCUUACCCGCCUACGUCUGGGCGAGUUUGACCCGCCGGCUAUGAACCCCUACAGUGCCCUGGGUCUUGGUGAUGUUCAGACUGAGGCCCACCGCCAGGUUGCACUUGAAUCUGCCAUCCAGUCCUUCGUCCUCCUAAAAAACAUUCAGGGCACUCUGCCCCUUAAGGCCAAGGAAGUGUUUGGGAAGAAGAUUGCGGUGGUUGGGCCUUUUGCAGAUGACCCUGAGAUCCUCUCUGGGGACUAUGCUCCAAUCCCGGAACCCCAGUACAUUUAUACCCCCAGGAGAGGCCUGGCAACGAUUUCGGCUAACGUCAGUUUUGCUGCUGGAUGUUCCGUCGCCAGAUGCGACCACUACUCCCUUGCCGAGGUGAAGUCUGCAGUUCAGGGAGCGGACAUUGUGGUGGUGUGCUUAGGCACAGGAAUUGAUUUGGAGAUGGAAGCCAAUGACCGGAAGGAUUUGACCCUGCCUGGGCACCAGCUACAGCUACUGAAAGACACCGUGACCUUGGCUGCCGGACGUCCAGUGAUUCUGCUCCUUUUCAACGCAUGUCCACUGGAUAUCAGCUGGGCCAAGUCCCACGAUGGUGUGGGAGCCAUCUUGGCCUGUUUCUUUCCAGCACAAGCCACUGGCCUGGCUAUUGCCAAGGUGCUGGUGGCAGCAGAGGGUGCCAACCCAGCCGGCAGACUCCCUGCCACAUGGCCCGCAGGUAUGCACCAGGUACCCCCAAUGGAAAACUACACAAUGGCUGGUCGGACGUAUCGCUACUAUGGGGAUGAGGCGCCGCUGUACCCCUUUGGCUAUGGGCUCUCAUUUACUAGCUUCCGCUACAGCGAUCUGGUGAUAGGCACUGAUGUUGUGCCCAUUUGUGGCAACCUGAGUGUCUCCGUAGUGGUGGAAAAUGUUGGCACCAGAGAUGGCGAUGAGGUGGUUCAGCUCUAUCUUCGCUGGGGAAAGGCAUCAACCCCCGUGCCCCACUGGCAGCUGGUUGGUUUCCAUCGGGUGCCAGUGCCAGUGAAACGUGUGGUGAAGGUGCCCUUACAGUUAUCUUACCGGCAGAGAGCAAUAUGGUCUGGGCAGUGGCUGGUGGAGCCAGGCACCUUUACUCUGUUUGUUGGGGGACAGCAGCCUUUCCAAAAAACCCGUGUCCCUUCCAACGUCUUGCAAGCUGAUUUUACCGUAUCGGGGAGUGCUCAGAGAACUAGCCAGUGCUAGUAACUGGGACUGAGGAAGAGCAACCUAUUGGGAAGCUCAUAUAGCCAAGGAAUAUGUACAAAACGUGUUUUCGGAUUAUACCAAUGCAAAGAAAUCUCUUGGUGCAUGAUGAUGACGAUACACCGUGAAAUAUUACAACUUUCAGGACCUUUUUGUCCGGCUAUGCACAAAGGCUUUUUUUUUUUAACCAGGCAAGCAGCAAGGAAUCUGACAGUGGGGGUUCAUGGCAGGAUCCAGAAAUCAUUGCAUUGGGAUCAGGUUGGGCAAGGGGAGGGGGGGCUGCAGCUGACAUGGGCAAGAAGAGUCAGGAAGAAUUAAAGAUAAUUUUCCAAAAUAAGAAAUAUUCACUCUUGGGUUUUUUUCCCCUCCCUCAUGUCUUUGGUUACUUUUGAUAAAACUGGAUUUGAAACAAAAGGUUCACAUGAUUGUGAGAAGAAAGUACUUGCAAGAGGAGGGGACCUUUGCUUGUACCUGGAGACACAGGCUGUAGCUGCACAGCAGCAAAAAUUCAUUUCCUCUCGUGGCAUCGCUGUGCAGAAAAGGGUGGGGGAGCAAGAUCUCUCAUCCAGUCGCUCAGCAGCCUUGCCAAGCUCCUGUUCUCAGGAUUCUUUGUGGAGAGCCAUGCCGGAGGAACUGAAAUAAAACCAAAUUUUGAGUUUGUCCUCCUAAACUGCUGUGAAUCAAAGCACAUCUGACACCCCUGCUUGAUUUCUCCUCUGCUUCCACUGCCCCCGUUUUACCCAGCAGGGGAGGGACCAUGGGUACAUUCAUCCCAAAUACUGAAAAGUUUCACACAGAAUGUGGGUGGCUCUUGUCGUCCCUGUUUUUUCUGCUGUGGAAUAUCCUUGCAGUGCAUGCUUCUGUUCACUAGAGGGAGCCUUGCUCACAAACUAUCCCUGUCUCCUACUUGUUUACAGACACCCCCCCCCCCCCACACACACACACAAACCUUUGCUUUUUUUGCUGACAGAUCUCUCUGACAACGUAGGGCGUGAGUGGAGAAUCAAACCCACAAAACGUCCUGACCACCACAUGGCCAGGCCUCAUUUUCAUCUUCUUUGCACUGUCUCCAGAACCAUAUGUGGCCUGGGGCUACAAGUCACUUACCCCUAAUCUCCAAGUAGAAAAGAGCAAGAAUCCAGUAGCAUCUAUAAGACUAACAAAAUUGGUGGUAGGGUAUGAGCUUUUGUGAGCCACAGCUCACUUAUUUUUUAUUUAUUUAUGUCUUAAGUUUGAGAGACUUAAUUCUCAGAGAGAAAGGCGGACUAUAAGUGACAAAUAUCACUUCAUUGCUAUCACUUCAGAGCUUUCACCUUCUGGCGGCCAAGCCUUCUGGUCCUCCUUAUUCAAUGGAAACAUUCAUAAAGCCGUAGGUGGCAAACGUUCAUUUUGUCCUGGAGAUGCGGAGGGGCUUGUUCAUAUGUUGCAGAGAUACAUAAGCAAAAACGUUGGUGUCAGACUUCUACGAAAAUGAAUAAAAGAAACAUUUCAUCGUCUGUUUCCUUUAAAGCCAAUGAAAUAAAACAAGAAUCCAGGGGCACCUUAAAAACUACAAAAUGUAAGUCAAGGUAGGGUUUUGUGAGAGCUCACAUAAUAUGUAUUGGAAUCUGGUACGUUUUCUCAAUUAUAAUAAAGAUGAAGUACAAAUAA